UAUUGUUAAUCUGCAUUCAUUCGAGUGUUGACUGCUGCAUCGAAUUUCGCAGAGGUAUAAUUUAUUAAGAGUGGUCUGUCGCAACCUUAUCGAAUAUAUCACCGGUGACGCCCGGCACCGAUUGUGAGUCAGUGGGUCGUUGGGUCCGCGGAGAGAUGUUCAAACGCUCUAAAAUGGGCAAGCUGCCGGAGAUCGACGUCGUCUUCUCCAUAAACGGCAAGCAGUACAAGGUAUCCCAGCAUGACCUGGACCGGAACCUGACCGACUACAUCCGCGACGUCGCGCUCUUAACGGGCACCAAAGUUGUGUGCGGCGAAGGUGGUUGCGGCGCGUGCAUCGUCACCGUCAAAACCAGCUCCUCCGCAACACCCAUGGCCGUGAACUCGUGUUUGGUUUCCGUCGCGUCGUGCCACGGCUGGGAAGUGACAACAAUUGAAGGACUAGGAAACACAUCUGAAGGGCUUGGGAAAAUUCAAGCUGCGAUUGCCGCAGCAAACGCAACCCAGUGUGGAUUCUGCACGCCAGGGUUUAUCAUGAGCGCUUCAAGUCUUUUAGAGGGAAAAAAUGGAGAAAAAGUGACAAUGGCCGACAUGGAGCGGGCGCUGGAUGGGAAUUUGUGUCGCUGCACAGGCUACCGGCCCAUUCUGGAAGCUUUCAAGCCCUUCUGUUCGGACGCGCCUGCGGAUUUAAAAGGCCGGCUAAGUGACAUUGAAGACCUGUGCAAGCAGAAGAAAUUUUGCACUAAGUCUGGGGAGGAAUGCACCGGUCAGUGCACCAAAAUCGAAACCCCACCCUCGUACAAGUUGGCGCGACCUGAAGCAGAUGGACUUUAUAUCAAGGUGCAUUCGUUGAAGGAGCUGCUGAAAAAACGCGACGGCGCCACUUUGCUCGCGGGGAACACUGCUCAUGGACUCUUGGGCAACAUCCACGAGGAUAGCAAUAAAUUCAUUGACAUCCACGACGUGAAAGAAUUGCGAGGAAAGUCUUUCAACAGCAAGAGUAUUGUUUUGGGCGCUUGCCUGACGAUAUCAGAAACGCAGAUUUUCUUGGAAGAACACAGCAAUAAGCCUGGCUUCAAACACCUCAAAGAAAUCGCCAAGCAUUUGGACUGGGUCGGCAACCUGGCUACGAGAAACAUUGGAACAAUCGGAGGCAAUAUUGCCAUCAAGUAUCUCCACGAUCAUUCAUUUGCAUCCGAUCUCUUCGUCAUUUUUGCAGGAGCUAACGCUCAAAUGGAAACAAUAAACCACAACGGAAAUGUUGUGAAUCUGCAGAUGACCCACGAAUCUGUGCAGAGGCACUUUAAAAAAUUUGCAGUCAUCAAAAGCUUUUCGUUUCCUGCUAUGCGCAAUGAAAUUACGUACAGGACGUAUAAGGUCUCGAGCCGAGCGUUGAACGCUGGUCCGUUCGUUUCAGCUGCGUGUUUGCUGGAACACAAGGACGGUGUCAUCACGAGAUUCGAAGUCGUUCAAGACGGCACGUGCUUCAAGACGGAAAAAGAUUUGCAACAAAAAGUCAAUGGCGUCGUGUCAAGUAUGCAAGGAAAAAAGCUUUCGAUCGUAACAGAAAAUAUCUCGGAUUAUGUCCAAGAUAAUUGCUCUGAAAUCGCGUUGAAUUUAAUAAAGAAAUUCAUUUUCUUCGUCGCAAACAAAGAGAAGCAAUUAGAUAUCGCAUUGCAAGUGUCCACGGGAAUUCAAGAGUUUGAAACAGACAAAUCUGUUUGGCCGAUCAAUGAGCCUAUCAUCAAAAUUGAGGCUUUGGAACAGUGUUCUGGUGAGGCCGUUUUUGUCAACGAUCUGCCCGCCAUGAAAGGGGAACUGCACGCGGCGCCGAUUUUGGUUUCAGGCAAACCAGGUUCAACUUUCGAUUUGGACGCUUUGCGAAAAGACGCCACAGAUAUGUUGAAGAACCAAGGAGUUGUAGCUGUUCUCACGCACAAGGAUAUUCCAGGAGCGAAUUCCUUUAUUCCACCAAACUUCCAGUCUGGAUUGGUGGAAAUGGAAGAGGUUUUCUUAUCCGGUGCCACCAAAUUCGACGGCCAAAUGCUGGGCCUAGUAGUGGCGACGACUCGAGCCAAAGCGCUGGCCGCCGCUGCCAAAAUCCACAGCAGACUCGCUCGUUGGAAGUAUAGAUGCGAGGUCAGAUUUCCAAUCCUGACCAUUGAUCAAGCACGCAAAGCUGGGGAAGAACACGUGAAAAUCGGUCCUGUGAAAGGCAGAGCAGAGAACGACAAAAAGACGGAUCGUGUUCAUAAAACAAUAUCGGGAUCAAUGGAAAUUGGCAAUCAGUUCCACUUCUCGAUUGAACAACAAACGUGCCUCUGCGUUCCGGAGGAAAACAGGAUGAAAGUUUACAGCGCCACUCAAUGGCCUGAUAUGGUGCAAGCUGCGUUGUCUGCGAUACUAGAAACCCCUGCAAACACGAUUCAAGUUUCUGUUCGGAGACUUGGUGGCGGUUUUGGUAGCAAGAUCACACGAGCAACGCACGUGGCAGCCGCUUGUGCCGUGGCUGCCAACGCUCUGAAAAAACCUGUCAGGAUGGUGUUGGACCUUAAGGACAACAUGCGGCUGCUAGGCGGCAGGGCGGCUUUGAAAACGGAAUAUACGGUGGACGUUGCUGAAAAUGGCAAAAUCAUCAAUUUGGACAGUGCAAUUUACCAAAACAGCGGCCACUGCUGGAAUGACUCGCCAUUGCUGUACAAAACGGUCAAGUUUUAUUUUGAUUGUGGAUACGACAACUCCCGCUUCCGACUUACGCCCGUCGAGUGCAUCACCGACACUGCAUCCACGACUUGGUGUCGGGCGCCAGGAUCGACCGAGGGUGUAGUCUUCAUCGAGGAAGUGUUGGAACAUGUUGCCGUCGAGCUAGGGAUCGAUCCACUGGAAGUGCGAAUGGUCAAUUUGGCAGAGGAAGACAAAAAAUCAAGCCCGCUCCCGCAUAUGGUGAGCGUUUUGAAAGCAAAGAGUAAUUAUGACGACCGAGAAAACCAAAUCGAAAAAUUUAACAGAGAAAAUAAAUUCGUGAAGAAGGGCAUUGCAGUGCUUCCUUUGAAGUAUCCGUUCGUCCUGUGGGGGAACUUUCACGCCACCGUGUCCGUGUACCACUCUGACGGGACAGUCUCGGUCACGCACGCCGGAGUCGAGAUGGGCCAAGGAAUAAAUACCAAGGUGGCUCAAGCCUGCGCGAGCGCCCUUGGAAUUCCGCUAGAAUUGGUCAAAGUCGAAGCAGUUUCAACAAUAACUGCGCCGAACGCGUCUGUGACUGCAGCCAGCAUCGGCAGUGACACUUGUUCUCUGGCGGUGACGAGAGCGUGCGAAGAGAUCAACAGACGUCUGGAGCCGACUAGGAAAACCAUUGGCGAAGGUGCGACGUGGCAGCAAAUCGUGCAAGAGGCCUUCAACAAGCACGUCAACCUAUGUUACAACUACAUGUUCUCGCCGACCGAGGAAACUAUUGCUUAUGACAUUUAUCUAGCUGCAGCAGCCGAGGUGGAACUCGACGUGCUUACAGGGCAGAAAAAGGUGAGCCGAGUUGACAUCAUAGAAGACGUUGGUAGGAGCAUAAGCCCUCUAAUCGACGUGGGCCAAAUCGAAGGAGCGUUUGUAAUGGGCCUGGGCUACUGGAUGUGCGAGGGAUACGUCUUUGAGCCGGAAUAUGGAAGGCUGAGAUCAGCCGGGACUGGCGAUUACAAAAUCCCAGGAACUAAAGAUAUUCCUGAGGAUUUCAGGGUAUACUUCAGGAAAGACGCUCCAAAUGACAAAGGAGUUCUCCAAACUAAAGCGUCUGGAGAGCCUGCAGUGACAGUUAGCGUCGUUGUGUUGUACGCCCUACGUAACGCUAUUGCGGCUGUUUGGAAGGACCAUGGGGUGACAAAAAAGCACGUGAAAAUCGACCUCCCUGCCACGCCACAAAACGUUUUGAAGGCGAUCGCCAGCAGAGGAGAAUAAGCAUAAAACGCCUUUUAUUCUAAUUGUAAGAUUUAAAAUAGUUAAGAUUUACGAGUUAACUACUCCGUCUAAAUCAAUAAAAAUUUUUUAUUCAUACUUUGAA